AAUCCCCUUGUAACGACUCAGGCCAUCUCGACCGGGUCUGUUCGCCGUCGACCGCAAACGAGUCUCGCACCUCGUCUGGCACGCAUCGAACUCUCCGGCAGGUUCGCGAUUCAGCUGCACUUUCUUCACCUGUAAUUUUGUAUUGAAUUCUGAGGAAAAAUGAAAUUAAUUAUUAUCGGACUUAUAGCUGUCAGUCUCGUUAAAUGCAGUCCUGUUUUUAAAAGAGAAACUGAUGAUCUAAGUCCUUUAAAUGAGGUGUAUGUGUUUCAGAACGAAAACGAGCAGGCGCUGGACGAGGAGCCGCAUGGAGACAGAGAAAAGAGAAAAAUAGGUGUCAUUAAAUUGGGAGUUUCCAAUGGUAUUAUCAACUUUGUAUUUGGUAAAUUAGAUUCAUUUUUAGAUGCCAAAACAAAAGCCCUGGGCGCGCUUGAUGAAGCAAACAAAGCAAAAAACGCCAUUUACGGAAUAGACCCAAAACAAUCAGCGACAAAAGAAUUUAUAAGCGACAUUGUUGGUAAAAAAAUCCAAGCUAGCACUGCUGGUAUUGGUCCGCUGAUAAACAGUGCCACCACAUUUAUUUCCACAAAAUCUCAGGGCCUAAUAGGCGCAGUAACCUCUAAACUAGCGCCACUGAGUUCUCUUUCCGGCGGAUUGUCAGGUGGUUCUGGAGGAGACGGCGGUGGAUCCGGAGGUGGCCUAGGGAGUAUCUUGAGCUUGGUAACCAGCCUCAGCGGAAGCAGCAGCAGCGGUCUCGGAGGACUAGGAGGACUGAGUGGCGGUGGUUCCCACGAUGAAAAGGAAAGUUCCGAAGGUUCGAGUUCAGGAACGGGAAUUUCAAUCGGCGAUUUCCCGAGCAUUGGUGGCGGGGUCUCGGCGACCACUGACAACACCCCGAUAUUUGAUAGGAACAAAGUGUCACUGGAGGUCCCUUCAAAAGCUUUUGGAGCCGGAUUUACUUUGGUGACGAAUAUCAGUAAACUAAUCGGCAACUUUAUCCUCAACUCUGCUCAUAGGACAGAAAAUGUCCUGGAGGUGUUCAAGCCGCUGUUCCGCGGUGCUUUCGCAAUCAAGGGCCUGCCAUCCGACAAAGAAUCCUACAAAAAAAGGCAAUCGCUCAACGAAAUAAAAUAA